ACCAUCACUUAUAAUUUUCUUUCUCUCUCUUUCUCUUUCUCUCUCAACAAUCUCGAGCCAAGAAAAUUUUCAGGUCAAUUGAAGCUGUUUGUCUCUCGAAUUAGGGAUUGUGUGAGAGAGAAAGAGCAAAGACAAGAAAGACAGCAAGUUAGCUAGCUAGCUAUGGCAAGGGAACAGUUGAAGGUGCUGGAUGCACUCGAUGUUGCCAAAACUCAAUGGUACCAUUUCACUGCAAUUAUCAUUGCUGGAAUGGGGUUCUUCACAGACGCAUAUGAUCUAUUCUGUAUAUCCGUUUGCACCAAAUUGCUUGGGCGCUUAUACUACCAUCAUGAAGGUGCAGCUAAGCCUGGCACAUUGCCUCCCAAUGUAGCAGCAGCUGUUAAUGGUGUAGCACUUUGUGGAACUCUGGCAGGGCAGCUCUUUUUUGGAUGGCUUGGUGACAAGUUGGGCAGAAAGAAAGUCUAUGGUAUCACUCUGUUGCUCAUGAUCAUUUGCUCCAUUGGUUCAGGGCUUUCCAUUGGCCAUGAUGCAAAAGCUGUGAUGGCCACGCUUUGCUUCUUUCGGUUCUGGCUUGGAUUUGGCAUAGGUGGCGACUACCCACUUUCUGCUACCAUCAUGUCUGAAUAUGCUAAUAAGAAGACUCGUGGAGCCUUCAUUGCUGCAGUGUUCGCCAUGCAAGGCUUUGGAAUUUUAACUGGUGGUAUAUUUGCUAUUAUUAUAUCUUCCAUAUUCCAGAGCAGGUUCGAUGCUCCUGCUUACGAAGUUGAUGCACUUGGCUCAACUGUUCCCCAAGCAGAUUAUGUUUGGAGGAUUAUUGUAAUGUUUGGAGCACUUCCAGCUGCACUGACUUACUACUGGAGGUUGAAGAUGCCUGAAACUGCUCGUUACACGGCACUUGUUGCCAAGAAUGCAAAGCAGGCUGCAAAUGAUAUGUCAAAGGUUCUGCAGGUAGACAUUGAAUCAGAACCACAGAAGGUUGUUGAAAAACCAGCCAAUACCUUUGGUUUGUUCUCCAAGGAGUUUCUUCGACGACAUGGACUUCACUUGCUUGGUACAACAAGCACAUGGUUCUUGCUUGACAUUGCAUUUUACAGCCAAAACCUGUUCCAAAAGGAUAUUUUCACUGCAAUUGGAUGGAUUCCUCCUGCAAAGACCAUGAAUGCCAUCGAGGAGGUUUUUAGAAUUGCAAGGGCACAAACACUGAUUGCUCUUUGCAGUACUGUCCCAGGCUACUGGUUUACAGUGGCUUUCAUUGACAGGAUGGGAAGGUUUGCUAUCCAAUUGAUGGGUUUCUUCUUCAUGACAGUGUUUAUGUUCGCCCUGGCUUUUCCAUACAACCACUGGACUCAUAAGGAUAACCGCAUUGGAUUUGUGGUGCUCUAUUCAUUGACUUUCUUCUUUGCAAAUUUCGGGCCUAAUGCAACCACAUUUGUUGUGCCAGCUGAAAUUUUCCCAGCUAGGCUUAGGUCUACUUGCCACGGCAUAUCAGCAGCAGCUGGGAAGCUUGGGGCUAUUGUUGGUGCAUUUGGGUUUUUGUAUUUGGCUCAAAACAAGGACAAGGCCAAGGCUGAUGCCGGGUACCCUGCAGGCAUUGGGGUGAAGAAUGCGCUCAUUGUGUUGGGAGUGGUCAACUUCUUGGGUAUGCUGUUCACUUUUCUUGUGCCUGAAUCAAAUGGUAGAUCAUUGGAGGAGAUGUCCCGUGAAAACGAGGAUGAAACUGUGGAUUAAAGACUGCUACUACCUGUGCACCAUAACUUUUCCUUAUCAGUUAUUUUUGUAUGUCUUGAGCACGAUGUUGUAGCUAUUUGUUUAAGUUUCUCUCAAUAAGCCCCUAUUUUUGUCUUU